GUUCAAGACAGGGGUGGUCCGUGGGCUGCCUGGAGGAAGGGGUUUUAAUAACCAUGGCGCCCACCUGCUCUUCAGAUCCCCGAGCAGAGAGACACACCGAAGAGACUCAGCAUGGCGCCCCUCCGCCUGAACCUCGCCCUCCUCGGGACCCUCGCGACUCAAGCCCUCGCCCUGGCCGUAACGCGCCGCGCCUCGGUCGCCUCAAUCCCAGAGUCCACGUGGGACGCCUUCAACGAAACAAUCUCCGGCCACCUCCGCAAUGGCGAACCCAUGCUGGCCCCCUGCUACACGCGGUACAACGGCGAAUCGCAAACACCCGACCACGCCCAAUGCGCAAACCUCCAAAAGAACGGCGGCGACUUGACCUUUGCAACCGGCCAAUUUGGAUACUACGUGCAGUCGCAGUGGGGCGCGUGUCAGACGACGGGGGACAGUUGUACGUUUGGCGCCAUCCGGCCGGAUAUUUUGACGCCGAUACUGGACAAGUGUGAGCAGGGCAGUGUGCCGACCAAGUAUGUUGAUGUCCGGAGUGUUGAGGAUGUCCAGAAAACCCUGGUUUUCGCGGGUGAGAAUAACCUCAGGCUGGUUGUGAAGAAUACGGGGCAUGAUUAUAUGGGGAGGAGCUCGGCGCCGGAUUCGUUGGCUUUGUGGAUGCACAAUCUGCAACCACCCAUCGAGCUGAACAAGGACUUUAUUGCCGACGGCUGCUCCGAGUCCAGUGGGGACUCGAUUACAUUUGGCGCGGGACAGCAGUUCCAAGGCAUCUACGACUUUGUCGAGCCACUCGGAUAUCGCAUUGUCGGCGGAAGCUCUGUGACUGUCGGCGCAGCAGGAGGCUGGAUCACCGGAGCCGGCCACAGUAUGCUCUCCAACGAACUAGGCCUCGGCGUCGACAGCGUCCAACAACUAAAAGCCGUCCUUCCCAAUGGCACCCACGUCACAGCGAACCGCUGCCAAAACCAAGACAUCUUCUUCGCCCUGCGCGGCGGCGGCGGCGGGACAUUCGGGGUAAUCACCGAGAUGACCACGCGCGUCUACCCGAGGAAAGAAACCCAAUUCGUGCAAAUGGUCUUCACAAACCUUCUCCCCGUCCAGCAGCGGCGACUCUUGGAUAUCCUCGUUGAGAAUGGGGAGAAGUGGGCGGAGGAGGGGUGGGGUGGGUACAUUACCAUGUUCAAUCUCGGAACGAUUGUCUUCAUUGCGACGCCGCUGCUUACGCACGACGAGGCCGUCGAGUCAAUGAAACCGCUUGCCAAGUUUGCGACGACGUUUAACCUCGGCAUCGUCAAGGUCCAGAGCACAGAGAGCUUCCGCGAGGGCCUCGACCCGUUCGUGCAGAUCCAAGAGUUGGGCAUCUUCCCCGGCUCCGCAUGGGCGCUCUCCAGCCGAAUCGUCAAGCGCGAGUCCUUUGUCCAAAGCAAACAAGAAGAACUCUCCGACAUCCUCUCCGACUUUCUCAAUGUCCAGCAAAACCCACUCGAACCAUCGAUGCAGAUCCUCGUCGUUUGUCUGACAAUGCCAACCGUCUACUCCAAGACCAUGCCUGAAUCAGAUCUCCCCGGCGGCCCUGGCCACGCCUCAAUCGCACCCCAUUGGCGCGAUGGGAUCUGGCAGGUCCUGCACUUUAGGACCUACGACGGCUCAAUCGAUAAUCCCAAACUGGUUCAACGGAUCGCACAGCGCGCACACGACGUUAUGGAGCCUCUACGAGCCUUUACACCGGGUUCCGGGGCGUAUAUCAACGAGGCGGAUCCGUGGGAGCCCGAUCAUAUCAACUCGUUCUGGGGCGAAGAGAAUUACGCGCGGCUGCUGAGGAUCAAGCGCGAGGUUGAUCCCGGGAAUCUGCUUAUGGUUCAUCAGGGGGUGGGCUGGGAGGAGAGUGAUGCGCGGUUUUCAUGUUAUCCAGAUGUUACUGCCUAAGACGCUGGCCGAGCUGGAUUUACCUGCAGGGUUGAGUGUUCAAGUUUGGAUAUCCCUGUUCUCGUAUAUAAUUGUUUCACCAAAUGUUCAUAGUGCCGCUAGGUACAGUCAAUGCCCUUCCUGAACCACUUUAUGCUAUGGCAGGGUAGCAAGGUCCACAUACCAGUGCCCGCGUGGGCAUUGUUGCCUUUAUUUUAGCCAUGGAUGAGACAAUCCUCCUGGUGCCGUCGAGGGCAGGGCUUCCCGUCCGUUUGGUCGAAUUGAAACUUAUUAUAAAAAACCGCGUCUCGUAGCCCAAACAGACCCUAAGAGUCUUGAUAUACGUGGCCUAUUCUUCUACCAUGGAUAGCUGGAUCAAAAGAGAACUGCUCUCAAUUGAGAGGCUUGACGCGGCAAGAAGGGCACUAAAUGAGAGUCAC